UCUGAAUACUUUCCGAAUGCACUGUAUGUGACAAUACAUAACCCCCCCCCAAAAAAACGUAUAGAUGCAGAGCCCUUUAUUGUACAUAGAAGGCUCUGGGUAGGUGUACAGUUCCUCACAGCUCCCAUUUAGCGAUAGUGUUCUAGAAUAAAGAGUCAUUCUGUGGGAACACACAACUAUGAAUUGUAUUGUGAGAGAACAGUACACUACUGCUUACUUGCUUCUCUGUUCCAGUCAGACAGCCACUGGUUGAUUCAGGAAUUUUCUGUGUUUUCAAACAUGUCUUGACCAGCGAGUGUGAGUGUCAAUGAGCUGCUAAGUCAGCUGCACAUGCCCAGUUCAAAUCUGAUUUCGAAGGUCCACAUUUGGUGUGGGAGAAGAGCCAAUUUAUGAGGCUCCAGUUUUUCUGCAACGUGGCUCACGUUCCCCAUUUGUGCUAUAGGAGGUGGAACCGGACCAGAAUCUCGCCAUGCAGAGAGAGAGAGAGUCGAGAUGUGCAUCAGGGAAUCUGUGAUGGGCCCUGUGUUGACAUGCCCUGAAACGUACACUGAGUGAUGGGCUGUGUGUUUGCAAUGCAGAUGUAGGAGAAUGCAUUUCUGCCAUGCCGAGUAGAGCCAAGCACCAGCCAGAUGGCUGGCCUCAAGUGUGGUGAGAACGUGCAUGAUGUGCCUUGAAGGCAGAUCGACAGAUGGAUAUUAAUGUUAACCCUGUGGAAGGUGCUAACCACUUUUAAAGGGUCCUGUAAAUGUGUCUCAAGCUGCUCCCUCUAUCAGCUUCAUUUUACAUAUUUAUUUUGGAGAAUUAAACCACAGAGAAAAUUCGAUUGACAGAGAGCCAUCUCUUUGCCGGCAGACAGUAGGUUCAUAUCCCCUGCGUAGCCUCCUUCCCUCCUCCUCUACUCCUCUUCUCUAUUCCCUGCCUCCUCAGCCCCUCUGCCCAGGCCAAGUCAGAUAAAAAUAGCCAUGUGGAUGGAGGGAGCGAAUGUCAGCAAAGCCAGGCAGUGGUUUUGUGCUUUGCUCCUGUUUCAUUCCCUCCAGAAAUCUGAGGGGGCACAACGUAUGUGAGCAUGGCUAGGGCGUGGCUAGGGCGUGGCUGGGGCGUGGCUAGGGGGUGGUCGGAUCAUUUAUUCUCUUCAGACACAUGAAACAGCCUUUUCCUGCAAUCUAGAGCCAUAAUCAUUAUGCCUAAUUCUAUGUCAAAAUGAAUGUUUCUGCUUAUCUAAGCAUACCUCUUGAGCUGUCUGUAUCCUCCUGACUGGUGGUUAUUUUAAAUAAAGUAAAUAUGCUUCUCUGCAUCUUUGCUCAAAUCUGGAAAGAGAUUUAAGGGAAUGUGAGUCUUAUUCGGUACAUUUAGUAAUUUAGUAAAAGUCUACCAAAUUUGCCCACAGGCAUGCCCGGUAACUUGAUUGAUAACCUGAAAGGUUGGGAGAUUGGGAACCUAUCUGGGCUAGCUAAAGCCAACUUCAUAAAAUUGCUAGGUAGUAUUACAGAGAAACAUAAAAUAAAAUAGAAAACUCGGCAAGUCUGAGACUGGGGCAAAGGUUCACUGCCCACGUGCCCCCUAUGGGCAUGACACCUCUGGUACAGUAUAUCCUGUUCCCUUUCUUCCAUUAAAUGUCAUUUUGAAUCAGUCACUAUCUGUAUAUACAGAGUCAUAGACUGCUCCUAGUGUUGCUGUCACAGCAGGUAUUUUUGGUUUAUCACCAACGGCAACUGUGAGAAAGAUUGUGGAGUCAGCUGCACCUAAGUGUUCCAUGGCAACCACUGCAUGUGUGAGCAGGCAAGAUGCAGGCCAGAGUGAAAUGUAGCUCAGAAACAAGGGAUUCCGUGGCCGGGCUGAGAGGAUAGAUUUCUUUGAAGUUAGCAUCGGAGGGGAAUAGGAUAGCAGGAUGUGUAUCAGUGCUGGGGAAGGAGGGAGGGCAGGGAAUAAGGGAGUUAGACAACUUGCUCAAACUGGGCCAUUGAUGGGAAUGCAGCCUCAGCCCUCAGUGAAUGGCAUUCUUGUGACUGCCAUUAAAACGAAGCUCUCUGGUAGAAAGCAGGCGCUAUCUGUCCUGGUUAGUGGCUUUAUGAUAUGUGUGUGUGUCAUACAGAGAGCCUCAGAGAACAACCACAUUGAGGUGGAGGGUGACAUGGGGUGUGCAGGUGUUUUCAGCACAGACGGCAGAUUGAAUUCAUAUUUCAUGUGUUUGAUUUGAUCUGUGUGGCUUGUUAACCAGACUGUGGCAGAGAGGGAGAGAGAGCUCCCCCGGCUAUUGUGCAAGGUGUGGAUGGGAUGACGCACGACCAGUGCAACAGUGUGGAAGGUAGUGCCUUAAACUCUGUGAUCCCCCCCAGAUAACUAACUUCAAUUUAAAUGCAGAUGGAUGAAGGGUCUUUCAUAGCAGAGACUGGAGCGAUUUGAUCUGUAUGCAGGAGCUGUGGAGGAGCUGGUAGUGUGUAUCUGCCUCCAGAGGACUGGUGUCCAUAUGGUAGAGGGAGGCAGGGGGAGAGAGAGAAAGAUAGAGGGAGACAGAGAGAGGCUGAGAGAAACGGAAGGGGACAGGGUGAGUCAGAAAGGCAAAGGGAGGAAGAGGGAGACGGGGAGGGACAGCAGGAGUGACGCAUUACUAAGAAUGGAAGACAGUAGCUUCAGUAACAGUUCUUACUGUGCAGGGGACAGUGUUCUGGUUCCACGUACUGGAAGCUACUGUGUGACCUGUUACAGGAAAACAUCCCCAGCCCAGUGUAUUUGAAUUGUUUUUGUGUUGUUCAGUUUGUUCUUAUUAGCCUCUUCUAUGCUGUGAUGGGGCAACUGGCUCUCUGGCUCCCCUCCAUAGAUGCCUUAAAGGCAUUUUACAGCCACUGAGCCACCACAAUACCUUCCCUGAGGGGGUGAAUCUCCUGCUGUCUGGUUCUGCUGUUCCAACAUGACCUCAGGCUACUGAAGACCUCUCUGUUAUUCCUCCUGCUCUCUCUCUAUCACUCCUAGUACUCUAUUCUCCAAUGGGUUCCCGCAGUCAAGGUGGCUUUUUCCACCAUCACCACCACCACAGCUCGGUGGUGCCCACAGCCGUGCCCAGGCUUCUCACAGAGAACGGCAGUCUGCUAGGUGGCAUUGCCCAGAUCACCCCUAACCUCUUCCUGAGCCGGGGAAACGUGGCGUCCAACCGAAGCCUGCUGCUGUCCAAGGGCAUCACAUGCGUGGUCAAUGCCACUAUUGAGCUGCCCAACUUCAACUGGCCCCACGUGGAGUAUGUAAAGGUACCCCUGGCGGACAUGCCCCACUCCCCCCUCUCCCUGUACUUCGACAGCAUAGCUGAUAAGAUCCACAGUGUUGGGAGAAAGCGGGGAGCCGUGCUGGUGCACUGUGCUGCAGGGGUGAGCCGCUCAGCCUCCCUGUGCCUGGCCUACCUGAUGAAGUACCACCGUGUGUCUCUGGCUGAGGCCCACGCUUGGGUCAAGGCCCGCCGGCCAGUCAUCCGGCCCAACGGGGGCUUCUGGCGUCAGCUCAUCGACUACGAAAGGAAGCUGUUUGGCAGGAACUCUGUGAAAAUGGUGCAGACGCCCUACGGGGUGAUACCUGACGUCUAUGAGCGGGAGCGCAGGAAUCUGGCACCCUACUGGGGCCUGUAGAGGAGGUCUGGGGCCUCGCCAAGGGGGGAGGGAAGGCGACGGAGAAGAGAGUCCUCCAGGGCUGCCGGUUCAUGCAUGUUCCCCCAGCCAGAGAUGCAGAGUGAGAUGAAGCGUGUGACUGUCUGUCUAUGUGAAGCUUAAUUAAUGAAUGCAUUGGGAUGUAGGGAGUCUUAGUUAUCAGUCACUACACUGCAAACUGGUUACUGGUGGGUGAUGCUACACUACACUGCAUCAACCCCCGUCGGUCUGUCUCUGAGAGGAAGCAAGGCCUCCUCAAGUCUGGAAUCCUCAGGACCAAAGGAGUAACAGAACCAUGACCAAGCCAGACCCCAGAUCAGCUGACAUGGCCAUACCCAGACUGUGACUUUAGAGUCUAGCUUAAUGCCCCAGACUCUGGGAAGGUGUAGGCGGUGCUUUAGACUCAGCAAUUUUGACAGGCAGCGGUGUGACUCACUCAAGUCCUUCCCCGACGUAACGUCAUGUGAUGGUAUUGUGCCAGUUUUGCUGUUGUCUUUAAUGUGAGAACUAGCAGCAGUCCUGCUCUGUUUUGUUUGACAAAUUGAAUUAUGUUCUUGAGAGAGAACUGAAAUCAAGAAAAGAUAUGGUGCACAAUGAAUAUUUAAAGCUGUUAGUGUAUACACAUUUUAAUCAUGACAACAUCUAAGGCUGUUAGUGUAUACACUUAAAAGUCCCUACUUACUAUGGGGAUGAUUGUGCAGAAUAUACUGUAUUGGUACUAAUAUUGUACAAUAUUAUGCGAUUUUACAAUGUCACCACCCUCUGUUAAUAGGAAGACAGUACUGUGUUAGGGGCUUGGGAGAAUCACAGUUUCUAUUUCCCUAUUUUUGCCUCAUAUUGAUGUUUAAGUGAAAUGAGGUCCAAGGAAGAACACAACCAGACAGUCCUGUGCUUAACUUGUGUACUGUCAUUGAUAAAUCUUCCUAAGAAUGCUAUACCUUACACACAAAAAGCUUUUAAAUAAAAUGUUAAUAUUACUGUAGCAAGUGAACAAUGCCCUUGUCACAGGUGUAAGCAGAAAGCCAAGCUUACAUGAAUUUAGUGCUCUAUUCAAUCUAUCGCUGAAGCAUUACAGAUUGUGCAAUAGAAAUGUAAAGGUAAUUUCCGACUGAGCCAAAUUUGUAUCACGCUGUAACGCUAAACUUGACAUGGAUUGAAUAGAGCCCUUAGGUUAUGAAACUAAGGCAAUGAAUGAUUAACAAGCUAAUGUAACGGGUUAGCUCAUGCAACUGUUUGUGUUUGAAAUGAAUAAUAAAAGAAAUGACUGAUAUGCA